CUGGUUAUGCCAUUUGGCCUUACGAAUGCCCCGGGCCACUUUCCAAGCGGCUAUGACAACAGAGUUCCGACACAUGGUGGAUCGAUUCGUCCUUAUCUACCUCGACGACAUCUUGGUCUACAACCGGAGUUUGGACGAGCAUGUGGAACACCUGCGCACCGUUUUGGAGCGGCUACGACAAGCCAAGUACAAAGCCAACCGCGACAAAUGCGAAUUCGCGCGGCAGGAGCUCGAGUACUUGGGACAUUAUGUGACGCCGCAAGGCAUCCGUCCGCUCGCGGACAAGAUCGAGGCCCUCCGCGUGCCAUUCGUAUUCGAUGACGACGCACGCCGGUCAUUCCAAGCACUUAAGACGGCCAUGCUCAUGGCACCCGUCCUUAGCAUCUAUGACCCCACCCUGCCUACGAGAGUGACAACUGACGCUUUCGGCUAUGGCAUCGGGGCAGUCUUGGAACAACACGACGACGACGACUGGCACCGUGUGGAGUAUUUCAGCCACAAAGUGCCUCCCAUCAAUUCGCUUGAUGAUGCAAGGAUGAAGGAGCUGCUCGCGUUCGAGAUGACUCUCAAGCGAUGGCGACACUUCCUCCUUGGGCGUCGUAGGUUCACAUGGGUCACGGACAGCAACCCAUUGACCUACUACAAGACGCAGGAUAAGGUGAGCAGCACGAUCGGGCGAUGGAUGUACUUCAUCGACCAAUUUGACUUCACACCGAAACAUCUUCUCGGCCUCUCCAAUCGCGCAGCAGAUGCACUCUCGCGAAGACCUGAUCUUUGCGCUAUGACACAUCAUGCCUUCGCAUUCGUCGAGGAACUUCAGCGACACUUCAUCCGGGGAUAUGAGUCGGAUCCGGACUUCGCCACGUUAUAUGCGCAGCUAUCUUCGGAUCACUCGCCGGCCAGCCACUAUCGCAUUGUCGACGGGUACUUGCCCCUCCACUCGAGAGGCAAGGAUUUAUUGUGUGUCCCACGAGACCGUCGUCUUCGGACUCGCGUUCUCGGUGAGUAUCAUGACUUGCGACUCGCCGACCAUUUCGGAGUCAACCGCACCAUUGCGUGGCUUCGACAACGAUUCCAAUGGCCCGACCUCAUUACCGAUGUCACUCGGUAUUGCGACUCUUGCGAAGUUUGCUGACGAAGCAAGCCCCGCAAUCGCAACCCCUACGGCGAGUUACGCCCGAUGCCUAUCCCACG